UGACAGACUCAUCAAUAUUCAUGAGACGUCUACACGGUCCACAGCCCGUCAGAUACAUACUGAAAUUGUAAACCACAGUGUUGAUCUUGUAAAAGUUUUAAAAGAUACAUUUUAGGAUUAGGACGCACCUGGCAAUAUACUGACAGAAGGCUAGAAUUUGAAUCAAAUCCCCCCCAAAAAAACAGGUUGUAGUAUGAACUAAAAUUACUUCAAAUAAGGGCCGGUAGAAAAACGUAUGAAAAUGGCAGAAUACAUAGAAAAGAAGGUCCAUUUUCUCGGAUCCUGGAAGAACAACCGUGUAGAUAAUCAGACGAUAGCACAGAUCAACUCCCAGAUUGCUACAGAGAAGGGAAAUCGUGUGAAGUUGCAGCUGUCCAGGGAUGGAAUCCGUGUGGUCAAGUCCACUAUGAUACAGGGGAAAAUGCUUCAUGACUUCAUUCCUCUGGAUAAAAUACAGUUUAUGACCGUUAGUCGGAAUCUACCUGACCUUCUAAUGGUUAUAUCCUUGACGUCUGGGGAUAAUGCCGCAAAAUUUCAGGUGCACGCGUUUAGGUGUGCAAAUGGUUUAGACGCUGGUGUUUAUGUCGGUACGUUCAGGACAUUGCAUAAGAAUUUGCGCACUGUAAAGGUGGUCAAGACGGUAAUUCCGCAGCCAAAAGGAAAUAAAGAUGAUGAAAUUAAUUGGACAUUACGGAGUAAAGAGUACGAUAAUUCGAAACGAGAACUUAAACAGUUGGUGGAUUUACAUGGAGAAAAGGCGGUGGUACACAAGAUUGGUAACGGAACAACAAUUCAUAUCGAUGAUGACGAGGAGCAACCAGUGAUGACAAAUGGACAUACGGAAGUGUUUGAAAACGGCGUGCGCAUCCCUUUAUACCGGAAGGGAAGGCCUACACGAAUGGAACGUGAGUCAUUUGAAUCAGACGUGAGUGACAAUAGGUCGGAGGUAUCAGAGUCUGCUUUGAGGAGUGAGCUUGAAAAUUUGUCACAGGAAUUACGUGAUAUCAAAAUAAUGCUUGAGAAAUCAACAGGAAUUGCCUCCGAGCCUGGAUCACCACGUGAAUUUGAACCAGUAAAAGUCCAGGUGCAUACGCACUCAGUGCAGCCUGAACAAGUCCAUGUCAAGAGAACCACGACAUACAGCGAACCGAAGUACGAAACCGUUGUUGUUAACGAGCCUGUGCGAACGACUCACCAGGAAAAUGGCUACCACGUGACGGGAGAUGAGGGUGUUACCCAUGUACGUGUCAAUGUCCCAGAUUAUAGAAAUUUUAGCGAGGGAACAUCAUCUUACACCGUGACCACAACGUCUCGACCGGAAGUACAAAAUCACACCGUGACUAUGACAUCUCAGCCGAAUUACGAGGUGGUGAAGCAAAAAGGCAAAACGACUUCGUACGAAAAUUGGAAGAAAAACACAAUAGAGCGGAAUGCUAUUCGUUACAGCGAUUUGCCGGAGAGAAUACGAUGGCAAUCACGUGAUAACCGUGCAAGUCACGUGGUUUCUGUGAGACCACGUUCAGCGUUACCAUCAUGGUCCACAGAUGCUGUAGACAGCACCCAUGUUAAGGGAGUUAAAGUCAGACACCACAAUGUCGGCCUCGGGCCCGCCUACCAACACGUUUCAUUUAAUCCACGAGUUGUGAAAAUGCAAGAUAGAAAAACGCAAUCCCUUCGCGCUAGCAGAGGUCUUUCAACCACUGUGGCCAAGCCAAUUGAUAAAGUUUAUAUCGGCAGACCUGAUGCUAAGCACCACAGCUUAUCAUAUAGGUCAAAUUCGGCCAAAGCUCGGUCCUCAAUUCUUGUGAAAGAAACUAAUGGUGUUGAUACAAAUGUUCAAAAUGUGGUUGUGGAACAAAAUAACAAUAUUGUUAAGCAUGACAAUGAUGAUGCCGAUUUGCUUGACGUGAGUGGACUUGACUUGUAUAAAGAAACCCCGUCAGAGGGCGUGGUGAUCCGUACGUGAUGAACAUGUGAUUAAAUAACAUAAAUGAGAAUAAAAGUAACACAGACAAUGUUGUUCAGACGAAAAUAUACCAAAUCAUUCUUGGAUUAUGUGGCAAAUAUUACAGAAACUGUAGCAGAAACUACGUAUUCCUUAUGUUCAGUGUUGAAACUAAACUUGUAAAAAUGAAAUAACUGAAGUCUGAGGAGGAACUUACAGUCAAUGUUAAUAGACAUGACAGCUACAGUUAAUACAUGCAUUCCUUGCUUGAACAUGAAAUAUUUGUUCAAUUUGAUUUAUAAGUUUAUAGUGGAUAUACGGACAUAACAAUGUGUUAAUACCUUAUUUCAUAAAUAUUUUCAUAUACUUAAACGUUCAUGCUAUAGCAGCACUUGAAAACGAUUAUAAAGUUUGCGAAGAAUGGAAAAGCCGGCCUAACGGGAAUUAAGAAUAUUGAAACAGCUUAAAUACUCAUGUUAUUUAAAUGUCAUUUACCGAUAUGGCUAAAGAUAUAUACGAUAUUAUGUAAAAAGGUUAAAAAUUGGUAAAUGAAACGCAUUUUAGGAAAAAAUGAUCUUUAAUGUGACACGGACUGUGCUUAUACUUUUCCGUGUUAUUUUAUUUUAUAUAGUGCGUCAUGAGUGCUCGACAAUUACAUCUUUUACCGUUAGUUGACAGUAAGGGGGAGAAUGAACUGCACUCUAGAAUGAGUGAAAUUGCGUGUCCAAACAGCACCUGUUUAAUUUAAAUGUUAUGCUGAAAACACAGUUUUUGUUAUGCUGAAAACACAGUUUUUGUUAUACUGAAAACACAGUUUUUUUUUGGAAAUCUCGUGCUAUAGCUUAGCGGGUUUUGAUUGUAUAAUAUAAUUUAGCAAGUUUAAACUGGCUAAUGUUACAAUUCAGUUAUUGCGUUUGAUUGGCUAAUAUUGUAAUUUAGCUAGUUUAAAUUGAUUGGCUACGAAGCUAGGUGCUUCUGUAAAAAUGUUAAGUGUUGUUUGUAGGAUCUAUAUUCUUGUUAACUAUUUGAAAUGAUAUUAUUUUUGUUGUAUGUAUAUGAUUAUUACAACAUUACAUUGACAUGUAUCUGCAUGUAUAUAUAUGAAUUGUGAGUUGUGUCUAUACAUAUUGGUAGAAUGCUAUACCUGUAUAACACUAUAUACAAAAUAUGUUUACUUAUCAGUUAUUUGACACAUAUGCAGUAGUUUUCAAACAUUAUAUACAUAAUUCUUUUUUAUGCAGAGACAAAGUGCGUUCAUUUCAUUGUUUAUUCUCGUUUACACAUUUUUAAAGUAUUUUGGUCUGGUUUUCAGUUAGGUGAAUUGUUCUCAAGCAACCAUGGUCCUGUAGAAAUAACUUAAUAAGAAGUGCUUCGGUUUGUAAAUGGGGUCAUGAGAUCGAUUGUGGGAUAAAAAUUUAGCUUUGAAAAUUGUUUUAAAAUUCAUCACAUUGUAAGUCAAUGGAUAGGUCGUGAAACCAGUUUAGAUUUCAUUUCUUGAAACGAAAUUUUAAAGGGCAUGCAAUUGGUCUAAAAUUUAGACGGAACCAGUUUGUAGAUUAAAAACAUAGAGCUUCAAAUCAAGACUUCUUAGAAACAGUGGUUAGAUCAAAGUGCGUGGAAUCAAUUGAGAUUACAGGUUAAAGACACCUAUCAAAAGUCACAGAAAGAUCAAAGGUCAUGGACCCAGUCAAGCCCAUCAGGACAUGGUACCAGUCUUAAUCCAUAACAAAAUUGUAAAAUAAUGUUUCUUUCUUAUCUUUAUUAGUAAAUAUACAUUUGCUUCAUAUUUCAGUAUACAGAUGUGCAUUUGCAUACGUUAAAUAUAGGCAAUCCAUUGUUUGUGAUAUGUGUGACUCUUUGAAACCUUUUGUAAAUGUGCUUCUUUAAAAUCAUUUUGCUAGAGUUCUGUAAUAGUUUGAUUUGAUCAGCUGAAGUGUUAGGAUGCCUGCUUUUGAACGAUGGAGGGAGAGGCUUUGUGGCCCUCAAACCUCUUGCACCUCACCCGCUGAUGGAUAAGCCAACCAGUUAGCUUUUAGCAUUUAGGUGGUUCUACCCAGCGUACGCCCAUAUGUGCCUGUAAUAUUGACCACAGAGGAAUACGAUGUCUGUAGUCGCAAGUAAUCUGAAAACUGGCUGAAUUUAAACCCAACAAAACUAAGUUUCUGCGCAUGCUUUAACCAAUGCAAAAGUAAACAUCAGUACAUGUUUAAUCUAAAUUUGUGAAAAUUCAUAAUUACAAUCAUGUUCUAUAUGCUAUAUUGAAUUUUAAUAGUUUAUGUAAAUCAUAAUAAAAGUUGAUUAUCGCUUCA